CCAAUAUCUCCAACCUCUUUCUCUCUCUCUCAAAUCCUCCAUGGCUUCAAAGCAACUCAACCUCAUAUAAUUGAAGAGAUUUCAACAAGAAGAAGAAGCACCACCACACCUCACAUUUCCUAGUCUUCUUCUUCACCACCAACUUUCUCUCUCUAGGAUUUUAGAGAGAGAGAGAGAGAAAAUGAAGCUCUCGGCGCUGCAUCAGAGCUACCUGAACCGGCGGAGCAACAGCUUCCGGGGAUCGGCGCCGUUAGAUUCGUCACCGGACGGCGGGGUCAAGUCGCCGGCGACGGUGUUCUGGCUUGUGCUACAUGGACUCUGCUGCUUGAUAAGCCUUGUACUUGGAUUCCGCUUCUCUCGCCUUGUGUUUUUCUUCUUGUUUUCUACUUCGUCGACGAAUCUGUACUCGGUGCCGUUCCGGUCGGCUUCCGAGCUCAUCGGAACCCUAGACAUCCCGGCCAUUUCGAAUCCGGUCGCGAAUCUCGACUCCCAGCUCAACCGAAGCUCCACCGUGAGCUCCAGCAGCCGCGUCGUCGUCGGCCGGCACGGGAUCCGAAUCCGGCCGUGGCCACACCCGAACCCGACGGAGACGAUGAAGGCGCACCGGAUAAUCGAGACGGUUCAGAGGGAGCAGAGGCGGCAGUUCGGAGUCAACAACCCGAGGAAGGUUAUUGCCGUCACGCCGACGUAUGCUCGGACGUUUCAGGCGCUGCAUUUGACUGGAUUAAUGCACUCGCUGAUGCUUGUGCCUUACGACGUCGUUUGGAUCGUGGUGGAGGCCGGUGGGGUUACUAAUGAGACGGCUUCCAUUAUUUCCAAGUCGGGGCUUAACAUUGUUCACAUUGGCUUCGAUCAGCGGAUGCCUAACACUUGGGACGGUCGCCACCAAUUGGAGGCUCGGAUGCGGCUUCAAGCUUUGAGAGUUGUGAGAGAACAGAAGCUGGAUGGGAUUGUGAUGUUUGCAGACGAUAGUAAUAUGCACAGUAUGGAGCUUUUUGAUGAGAUACAGAAUGUGAAAUGGUUUGGUGCUGUUUCGGUUGGAAUACUUGCUCAUUCGGAUAAUGCAGAUGGGUGGUCUGAGUCCAUGAUUCAGAACAAGGAGCAGGGGGAUAACCCAACAAUGCCUAUUCAAGGUCCUGCUUGUAACUCGUCCAAUAAGUUGGUUGGUUGGCACACCUUUAAUUCGUUGCCGUAUGUGGGAAAGAGUGCAAAUUACAUUGAUGACAGAGCGCCUGUGCUACCAAGGAAGCUGGAGUGGGCUGGGUUUGUGUUGAACUCCCGGUUGCUUUGGGGUGAAGGUGAAGAUAAACCAGAGUGGGUUAAUAACCUAGAUACGGUAGAAGGGGCUGAUGAGAUUAUAGGGAGUCCUCUAUUCUUGUUGAAGGACUCCUCUAUGGUGGAGCCACUUGGAAGUUGUGGGCGCCAUGUUUUGUUAUGGUGGUUACGCGUUGAAGCCCGUUAUGAUAGUAAAUUUCCUGCCAGAUGGACAAUUGAUCCUCCUUUGGAAAUAACUGUACCAUCAAAACGUACGCCAUGGCCUGAUGCUCCUCCUGAACUCCCAUCUAAUGGAAAAGUAGAGACUAAUGGAGUCGAGCAUACAGUGAAGCACACAACAAAAAUUCGAGCACCCAGAUCAAAGAGAAGUUCCCGAAGCAAGAGAAAGCAUGAGACAAAAACAACAGAUGAGCAAGCUUCUGCAAGGCAUACUGAACAAAUCUGAACAUUUUGCUAUCGACUCUCACAAUAUAUACUGCUGUGUGAAUUUAAGACUACGGUCUUCAGCAUGAAGAAAACUUGGUUCAAGAGGCCGAGAAGCAAAUGGUCACUACCCGGUACAUAUGGUAAGGCACCUGUAUUAGGAGGCCAGUUAUGUGCAAUUAAGUUUGAUUCUCACCUUAGUUUCACAAUUUUUUCGUUUGUUUCUUCAUCCGGGUGCUUGAUAUUCCGGCCUCUUGCAAACAUACCUCGGCACCCGAUCUGAGUCUUGCUGCAUCUACUGGCUUUUAGGAAGUUGUAUCCAAUAUGCUUUGAAAUUUUAUACAUAUCUAAAUAGGAAUUAUAGAGAUGUGUUCAGGUGUUGGAUUUGCUAGUAACUAUACCAAAUGUAAUAAAAUUUCAUUCAUUCCAAACAUUGGCUCUCAAAUUUC